AUGACGGCCGGGGUCGCCACGCGAAGGAAGUCAAAGUCGAGACGCAGCUGGGCGAAGAUCGAGAAUGAGACGCAGGUGUCAGACUUCACAGAUAUUGGCGACUGGCCAACACUAGGCGCGGCAACCGGUGCCGCUCGCUGUCACUCGACGCCGCCGCCACAUGAUGCGGACUCCUUGCAUCAUAACGGCAAUGCGGACCAAGAGAGGAAACCCCUCGAGGAGCACCAUGGGAAGGCGGAUAAAGUGGAGCCAACGCAUAAUCAUCAAGGGCAUAAUGAUAAACAUAAUGAGAAGCAGGGAGAUAAAAACAAGUCUGCAGGUGCAGGCAAGGGCGGCAGCAAAUCCGGGAAACACAAAUGGGUGCCGCUCGACAUCGACGUGAAAGCAGCAAGACCCGGAAAGCAUGGACCGCCGCAUGCAGCGAGGCUUGAUAACGAUACGGUGUCGCUGAACGGCGAGGAAGGGCGAGGGGUUCGCGCGGGUGCGGGCGGGCGCGGGCGGGGUGCAGCGCGCGCUCGUGGCGGCCGGCGGCCCGCGCCGCGCCCCGCGUCCGCCGCGCCGCCGCUCCAUCACCACGCGCUCUACCACCACGAUUUCGCGCACCACGACCUGCCACAGCUGCGCGUGGCUCAGGGCGUGGGCGUGGGCGUGCAGGGCCUCAUGCUGCAUUACGGCGCGCUGCACGUGGCCGCGCUGCCGCAGCCGUACUACUACGGCGCGCCGCCCUACGGACUGGGCCUCGACCACGCCACGCUCAAGGACCUCAUCAAGAAGCAGAUCGAGUACUACUUCAGCGCGGACAACCUGGCGCGCGAUUUCUUCCUGCGCCGCAAGAUGGCGGCCGACGGCACCAUUCCGGUGACGUUGAUCGCGUCCUUCCACCGCGUGCGAGCUCUCACCGCGGACGUACAGCUCGUGCUCGACGCCAUACGGGACUCCGACAAGCUGCAGCUCAUCAACGGCUUCAAGGUCCGAACAGCUAUCGAACCUACGAAAUGGCCAAUAUUGGAUAUCACAUCGGGGACCAUCUCCGAUGAGGCUGAUAAAAACGAAAAGACAUAUAAACUAGAGAAAAACGAAAAAACUGACAAACCGACUGAAGAUAAAGGCAUCAAGGAUAAGAGCAAAGAACCUUCCACGAAUACAGCAGAUAAAUCAAAACCGGAUGAGCCAAAAAAUGAUGCAGAAGUAGCGAAGAACAAAACUGAAGAAGUGAAAGAAGAGAUCAGUAAAAAGAAAGUAGAGAAGAUGGAAGAAGCACCGAGUAUAGAAAAGAAGGAGAAUGAAAAAGAAACUCGAUAUAAGAAAGAAGAUGAAAGUCCUAAAGAAACAUCCGUUAAGACUGAGACGGCGCCUGUAGUGAACGCUAGUGAACAGAAGCCCAUUGAGGUGAAAGAAGAGGAGAAAAAAGAAGUGAAAACACAAGAGUCUGAAGAGAAAGAGAAGAGAACGACCGAGUCCAAUGAAGAUCCUCCGCUACAAUCCGAGAACACUGAAGAGAAACCAGGAGAGAAAAAACGCAAGAAGCAGAUGGUGGGGAUAUUCCCUUUAGCUACGAUGGGAGGCCCGCUCGUAGCCCCGGUGUCAGGCCUUCUGCGAGCUGUUCCUCCUCCACCAUUACCCAGAAUGUUCCGGACUGCACGAACAGCGGCCCGUGAUCCGCUCAACCCCGAUGUGCCCGAGUUUGUGCCGCAAGCGAGACGCUCCGAAGACGUAACAAAUGACCAGUCAGAGCAGCAAGAAGGGAAGCAAGGCUUAGGCAGCGGGAGCCCAUCUUCAGAGAGAAGCAGUUCAGAUAUUUGGACAGAGGUGAAAAGACGCACAAAAGCGGGUUCCCGUGAGAGGACGUCCACAACAACCACCACCGCAACACAACCUCCGGAAGAGGAACCACGUGAAGAGCUACACUUCCAAUUAGAUGAGGAACUGGAUUUACCUCCUCCGAGGCAAAACACUUUCACUGAUGCUUGGUCGGACGAGGAGUCGGACUUUGAGUUCACGGACCGCGACGUGGGGCGGCUGCUGAUCGUGACGCAGACGGGCGUGCGCGCGCCCAAGCACGACGGACACGACCGCCAGGGCGACUGGACCACGCGCACCAAGAUCACGCAGGACCUCGAGCAGGUGAUCACGGAUGGACUGAAGCGCUACGAAGAGGACUUGUGGAAUGAUUCGGAGUACACAUCGACGUGCGGCAGCGGCAGCCAGUACCGCACGGUGUCAGUGAUCAGCCGCUCGCAGUUCGAGGCGACGCAGCCCAGCGAGCGGCACGCCAACCCCGCCGAGCCGCCGCCCCCGCCGCCCAGACCCCAACAGAUGGAACAGUCCAACGAGCAGCCGGAGAAGAAACGUCCCCGACGAACGGCGCGCUUCUAUGCAGCCAGCAAGGACCCACACGCCACUGAUGUUAUAAGCAGCCGCAAGCACAAGACGCGCCACAGCCUCAACCCGCCCGUGGAGCAUCACGUCGGCUGGAUCAUGGACAUCCGCGAGCAUCGCGCCCGGACUCACAGCACUGGCUCCUCAUUGGGAACGUCUCCAACACUGGGCUCUUCGUGCGGUUCCGUACCACAAUCCUUGCCAGCAUUUCACCAUCCGAGCCACGGUCUGCUGAGAGAGAAUCAUUUCACCCAGCAGGCCUAUCACAAAUAUCACUCGCGUUGUUUGAAAGAACGCAAGAAGCUUGGCAUCGGCCAGUCACAGGAGAUGAACACGCUGUUCCGAUUCUGGUCGUUCUUCCUCCGGGACCACUUCAACAGGACCAUGUACAACGAGUUCAGGACGCUGGCGAAUGAGGACGCGGCCGCUGGGUUCCGCUACGGGCUGGAGUGCUUGUUCCGCUUCUAUUCGUACGGACUCGAGCGCAAGUUCCGACCGGAGCUCUACCAGCACUUCCAGCAGGAAACCAUCGCUGAUUACGAGAAUGGUCAGCUGUAUGGGCUGGAGAAGUUCUGGGCCUUCCUCAAAUAUUACAAGCACGCGUCUGAACUGCAAGUAGAGCCCAAGCUAAAGGGAUACCUCGAAAAGUUUAAAAGCAUCGAGGACUUCAGAGUGCUGGAGCCGCAGCUGAACGAGCUGUUGGCCGGGCGCGGGGCUCCGGCGACGGCGCGUGGCCCGCACGCGCGCGCGUACGACCGCACGCGCUCCGUGUCCGAGAGCGACCGCGCGCACCAACACCAUCCGCAGCCCUUCAGUCAACAUUGCAGCCGGGGCAGUACUGCCGGUGCGGCUCCCAGCCGUGGGCGAGCUGGUUCUUGCGGAUCGCAGAGCGUCGUCGCUGGAGCCAGACCUAGACCCACACAGAAGUCCAAACCGGAGACCGUACCUAACGAACUGAAAGCGCCAGUUGCAGCCAAAACGCAGUGA